UUAGGAAGAACGAGAACCGAAGUCCCCAUUUGAAGUCUAGUCAAAUAUUCUACGUACCUCCGGAGGAUUGUCUCUCUUGUUGCACUUCCGGCAAUAGUUGGGUCAAAAUAACCUACGACAUUGAGACACGAAGACGUAUUAUUAAUUGGUUCAUUCUCACAGCUUUGCAUGCAUAAUAAAAAAAUGCAUUGACUUGUUUCGUUACGUGUUGUUGCUAUUCUGUAAUCUGUAAAAAGUGAACGGAUUUCGAUAAACGACUCUUGAUCGUUGACGUACAAUCGCUCACACUUCAAAAUUGCAUAAGAAAUGGCCACCAUGAUGACGACGAACACAAAAAUAGUUCUCUACACGUUCCCUCCRAUACCGAAAUCGUAUUCGAUGACUCCCUUUGGUCUCAAGACCGAAAGCUUCCUUCGAGCAAACGAUAUUCCGUACGAGAAGGUCUAUACGACCUCUUUUGGCARUAACGGAACGAUUCCAUAUUUACGGAUUUUUAGCAGCGACGACGAAAGCGACGAAUCGUCCUUCGAAGAAAUCCCCGACUCGAACGCUAUCCUUUCCAGGCUCUCGAAGGACCCCCGGUUCGAGAUCAGGUCCGAUGCSAACCUGACCACCGAGCAAAAGGCCAUCGGGCACGCGUGYCUUCGGAUGCUCGAAGAGCACACYAGUCAGGCGGGAUUUUACUUUCGAUACGCCCUGAASAUGCCCGAGUUUUGCGAGGCUACCCARUUGAGAGAACGGGUGUUCAUGGGAGACGAAAGCAAGCUGGGAAAUUUUAUUUACAAUCAAUUCAAGAGCAAGAUGCCCRRGGGCUGGAUGAAGAAAGCAAAGGUUCGUGGGUUUGUCCGCUAUAGUAGCCCGGCUGUGGUAUGGGCCAUGACCUCAGAGGACCUCAAGGYCCUGGAMGAUUUGUUGUCGCAACACGUCUAUUUCUUCGGUCAGUCCCAUCCUGGGACCCUUGAUUGCACCGUCUUUGGCCACUUGUCUCAAUUCCUGUACAUCGACAUUGACUUUCCUCAAAAGAAAUAUCUGAAGGAGAGYUGUCCCAACCUGCUCAGAUUCAUGGAACAUUUCAAGACGAYGCACUUUCCMGAUUGGGAAACAMUCUGUCUUAAGCAACCCAAUGAUGCGCUUGAUCCUGAUAACCCAAGAAUGAAAGCGCUUGCCAAAAUGAAGCAAAAAGCUAUACUUGUCGGGGCAACUGCGUUGCUGGCAAUCGUUGGRGUCGGGGGCAGGUAUUUUUCAUCGGUCUUCUCUAGUAGCCAAGAACUGUGAAGAAUUUUAAUAUUUWAUGAAUAAGAAUGAGUGCAUUGRUGCACUCCAGGUWAUAUUAAUUCGCCCAUAUUUUACCGUGGCAAAUGUYGAAGAAUAACGGACGACGAACGYCUGCUUGUUCAGCCAGAUCCGAUGAGCAGGGCAAAAUUGACAAAAUUGUUSUAAAUGCACMGWGAGAUUUCAUUCGAGACUCGGACCUCUCCUCGCCACGUUACUUUGAAAUAAGCAUUGUUCUAUUAACAACGAGCCUAAAACUCUCUAAGCAAUGUUUCUAGUGUGCCGACGUCACUGUUGUGGUAAAUAAGUAUGGAAGAAUAUAAUUUAGAGUAAUCCAGUUUCUAGAUGAAAUAGUUUCUUUCGCAUUUUUUAUCUAACCGAAAGUAAAUCAGGUWAUGUUUU